GAAGAACAGCGAGUAAGUAAAAAACCGCAGUCGCCAAAACUCUAUGAAAACAGUGAAGAACAGCGAGUAAGUAAAAAACCCCAGUCGCCAAAACUCUAUGAAAAUCGUGAAAAAUUGCCAAACGGUUUGAGAGGAUAUUAUGUACAUAGACUUCUUGUAAAUGCUGUUGCAAUGUGGGCUUCUCCUCGUUAUGCAUGGCAUGUUUACAGACUUCUUGACGAAAUUCAUAGACAAGAACGUGAAGAGCUAGAGAACAAGCUUGAAGCAAAAGACAAAAGCAUUCAGAAAAGAAUACCACGUUCGGUACCAAAAGGAAAGGAAAAGAACUAUAAGUAUAUGAUUUAUACUGAAGAGAUGGAAAAUGAAGAAGAUAAAGAUAUGGUUAUGUUGCAUUUAGUCAGAAGAAACAACAAAAGCUUUUACGACCUUGCUAAGAUUUACAAAUCUGACAGAAAUUGGUUCUAUCGCGAAAACUUACCGAUUUCAAUGACCCCAAAUGAAGAUGUGAAACAAAUAGUUCAAGAUACGUUACCUCAAACACACUAUGAUAUUAAAGGUUGUACAAUACUUACAUUCAAAGAAGACUUACCGCUACUGAAAGAAAAAAUAACAGAGUAUUUUGACAACUUCAAAGAGGAAGAAUAA